AUGCCCGCCCCGUCUCCCGGUUCUCCUCUGACUGCCGACAAAGCGCCUUUUUCAGACUGGGCUCAAGCAGCCACCAUCACUGUCAUCUCCGGUUCUCAUGUGUCCGGAUCUCCGGUUCUCAUGUGUCCGCCCGAGAAGCGCCUGGUUCGGCUUGGGAGAGUCAUGACACCUGCCCCAACCUCGGGUUCUUCCCUGGCCGCCGACAAUGCGCCUUUUUCGGACUUCCGGCGCGGACUCGCCUUGCCUCGCAUGCUCAUCAACCAGUCCGGACUACGACUGACCAUGUUCUUCAAUUACUGGUGCUUCGUCCUGAUCGUGUUGGAAUUGCUCUGUGUCACCACCCAGCAGGCAGGUGAGAGAAGGCAUUGCGCCUUCCAGGAGGCGUCACGGAAGACCCGGUUUCGAGUGGCGGGCAAUGUGAAUGGCUCAGUGCAUGUGUGCAACAAUACGCGCUGCUGCGUGGGUUACUACCUCAUGGUCGAAGGACAGCCGAGAGUCGACGUCCUCGCGUGCGAUUCAGUGGAAAAGUCUUGCCCGGAUGCAGUGUGUAAGGCGCAGCCCUGCUUAAACAACAAGAUGGUCAAGUGUGUGUGCAACACGGACAUGUGCAACCGCAACCUCACCUGGAGCGAGACGCCGCAUGAGCCUCAACCGUCCUCCAGAUCCGUUGGUAAAACUUGGGUCGUCAUUGUUGCCAUUGUGCCGGUGGUUUGCCUGGCCAUUGCGGCUGUACAAUGGAGACGUGUGUCACAACACAAAAAAAAUUCCCAAGCUUCCCUUCACGUUUCUCCUAGUCCCCAUCAAACAAUGCAGCUUGACGUGACUGAUGUUCAACUGCAGGAGAUGGUGGCACAGGGGAGUUUUGCCACGGUGUGGCGAGGAACAUACCAAGGGUCCACAGUGGCUGUGAAAGUCAUCCCAGCUACCUCCAAACAGGCUUUCGCCACUGAGAAGGAUGUGUACGAGCUCCCGUUGAUGAGGCACGCCGCCAUCAUCCACUUCCUCGGAGCUGGGAGAAGGUCAUGUGACGGUAGCUGGCUCCUCGUGCUGCAAAUGGCUGAAUAUGGCUCUCUGCACUCCUUUCUGAAUGCCAACGCCAGCAGCUGGCAAUUGUCACUCAAGUUGUGCCUGUCUCUAUCACAAGGACUCUCCUACCUCCACUUGGAUUUGCACACACAAGAUGGGCACAAACCAUCCGUGGCCCACGGAGACCUCAGCAGCUUUAAUGUGCUCGUCCGGGGAGAUUGCACCUGUGCCCUGUGUGAUUUUGGUAGCGCCACCAUCCUGUGCUCGCGCCAGCGCCAAGCAGAAGAGGCAAAGAGUCCAGCACUGACAGCAAGGACCCCAUGCUACAUGUCUCCCGAGAUCUUGGAGGGAUUCGUGGACCUCUCCGGCAGCUGGUGUUUGCACGGGGACGUUUAUGCUUUGGGUUUACUGCUGUGGGAGAUCUGCAUGCGCUGUUCUGACUUAUUUGAAGACGGCAUGGUGCCACAACAUUUCCUACCUUAUGAUCGUGAGUUGGAGGGCCAUCUAACCUGGGAGAACCUCAUUGUCCAUGUGUCCCACAUGAAAAAAAGACCCUCCAUACCCGUGCCUUGGCACCUGCUGAGACAAGGGCCAGCGCUGGAGGAUUUACUGAGAGAAUGCUGGGACAUGGACCCAGAUGCCCGGCUGACUGCUCAGUGUGUUGUGGACAGAUUAGUCGCCCUGCAUUCAUUGUUAGCAUAA